GCAACUCCAGUUAACUCGUUGCCAUGUCAAAUUCUUAGAGAUGAUGCGAUGGUCCAACUACCCUCUUAUAUAUAAUUAAAUACAUUUCUACUAAAUUUUCGUUUAAAAAAAGUGAAAAUGUUGAAAUUUCUCGUUCAAAAUACAGUAUUAAGUGCUUUUUAAACUAUUUGGAUGUAAAUUUCGCCGAGAAACGGGUUGCAAUAUCGAUUUUUAGUGCCACCAUUUAUUAGAAGAAAAAAUCUAAAAGAAAAAUGAAUCGUUUAGGACAGAUUCGUCUUCCUCCUCUAUCGGCAGCUGUUAACGUAGCAAAUCAACUUCGCAGACAGAUUAUACCCUCUAAUAGAUCGUCUGAAGAACCCUCUGAGGCUGAAAGGGAAAGGGUGCAUUUCGCUCAGAUUCCUAAUCAAAAUCAAGUGAAUCAUGGAGGGUUGGACGAACACCACGAGAUGACGAAUUUGAAAGGGACAAAUCCCUUUAUGUCCAACGAUUCCAAUAUACAAGAUAGCAGUUUGAAUAACGUUUACGAGAAACAUCAAAGUAGGAUGUCAUCUGUUGAUUUUUCGGAAGGUUCUGAUUUUGUUGAAGGACGAACCGUUUGUAAAAUCAACGAAUAUCAGGCAGCGUGGAAUGUUACGAAUGCUAUACAGGGCAUGUUUAUAGUUUCGUUGCCGUUCGCCGUUCUUAAAGGGGGAUAUUGGGCCAUCGCAGCCAUGAUCGGCGUCGCCUACAUCUGCUGCUAUACCGGUAAGAUUCUCGUCGAAUGCCUCUACGAAUUCGACAUCCAAACAGGCAAACAAAUCAGAGUUAGAGAUUCGUACGUGGCUAUCGCCAAAGAAUGUUUCGGCAAAAAAAUCGGAAGUAGAAUCGUCAGUAUAGCCCAGGUCAUUGAACUAUUGAUGACGUGUAUCUUAUACGUCGUGGUAUGCGGCGAUCUGAUGAUUGGCACGUUUCCCGAUGGAGACAUCGACACUAGAUCUUGGAUGAUGUUGGUUGGCAUUUUAUUGAUACCUUUAGGUUUUCUGAAGUCUCUAAAAAGCGUCAGCUUAUUGUCGUUUUGGUGUACGAUGUCACACAUCUUCAUAAACGUCAUCAUCCUCGGUUACUGCCUCAUCUACAUCGGCGAUUGGGGUUGGAGGAAAGUAAAAUGGUCAGUAGAUUGGGAAAAUUUUCCAAUAAAUCUCGGCGUUAUCGUAUUUUCGUAUACGUCCCAAAUUUUCUUACCGACUUUAGAAGGCAACAUGGAAGAUCCAAAUAAAUUUCAAUGGAUGUUGGAUUGGUCGCACGUCUGGGCGGCAGUAUUCAAAUCCCUCUUCGGAUACGUCUGCUUUUUGACCUUCCAAAACGAUACGCAACAAGUAAUAACUAAUAAUUUACCUUCGGCCGGCUUUAAGGGGUUGGUUAACGUGUGUUUGGUCGUUAAAGCCCUAUUGAGCUACCCUCUACCGUAUUACGCCGCUUGCGAGCUACUAGAACGCUCGUUUUUUAGGGGUAAGCCGAAGACACCUUUCAAUACGAUCUGGGCGUUGGACGGCGAUCUAAAGGUUUGGGGUUUGGCUUGGAGGGUGGGGGUAGUGGUUUUCACUAUUUUGAUGGCUUGUUUCAUACCCCAUUUCUCGAUUCUGAUGGGUUUCAUUGGUAGUUUCACCGGUACGAUGUUGAGUUUCAUAUGGCCUUGCUAUUUCCAUUUACAAUUGAAAAAAGAAAGUCUAGAUAUGAAGGGGGUGGUUCUAGAUUAUUUCAUCAUAUCUUUGGGGUUCUUUUUCGGUUUUAUAGGUAUGUACGAUUCGGGUAGAGCUUUAAUUAAAGCUUUUUCUAUCGGUCUUCCAUUCUAAAUCGUUUUUCGAAACUAUACAUAUAUAUAUUUAAUGUAAGAAAUUUGUUGAAAAAAAAAAUGAGAAUUGAUGUCAAUUGUUACGUUUCGAUCUCAAAUGGACAUAUUUAUUAAGAAAAUUAGCGAAAACAAAGCGUUAGUUAAAUAUAUAAAUUUUUUUAUAUCCCAAAAUUUUAAUUUAAACACUUUGAUCGCCCCCUGUAUGCUGUAAAUCAUUCUAAUAAUAAAAUAAGUUUAUUUACAAACUUUUACUAUUGAUUCAUAGAUGGCACUAGCGACGUUUUUCUACUAUUGAAUUUCUAUAUUUUGGUACACAUAGUCGUCUCGUAUUUUUUUUUAAAAAAAGGUUUAUUAAAAAUUUAUAUAUUUUCGAACGCUUUGUAUAUGUAUCUACCAGUAAAAGUAAUAAAAUUUAUUAUUAAGGUAAGUAGGAAAAAGAAAAAAUGUCUUCCACAUAUACUGCGUGUAGAACGAAUCUUCUUCUCGCUCUCUUUUGAAACUGUGUCAAAUACGUGAAAAGUUAUUGGUGAAAAUCGAAAAAAAAAAGAAGAAUUUCGACGUAAUAGAAGAUUUUUUACCAUAAAAAAACAACGAACUUCCAAAAUAUCGUUUCGAGAUUUGUUCUACAACAACAUGUCUUCCAUUUUGAUCUGUGUUGAAUAUUAUAUGUCUUCCAAUACAUCCUGUGGUAAUCAAAUGACGUAUGUCUUCCAAGGAUUCAUAUUUAUAAGGAUUUAAUUGUGUAAUGAGAAAAAAAUAUAUAAAUAAAUGUAUUUAAAACACA